AUGGAAAAUCAGAGUAGAAAGAAGAAACAGGCGAGUAAGAAGAAAGAGAUUUCUGAGAACAGAAGUCCUCUUCAAGAUUUGAAUGGCCAAGUUCUGAUUCACAGAAAGAAUUACAGGAAAUUCUGUACAAAUUCUUCUUCUGUUUCUGUUGAAUCUCCCAAAGAAAGAUCUUUACAUUCUUCGAGUUCUUCUUCUACAUCAUGUUCCUCUUGUACGAAAACCCUUCUUACGAAAUUGUCCAAACCUCAAUUGAAAUUUACUAACUGUACCACCCAAAAAUCAGUAGCAGGAGGAGGAGGUGUCGAAACAGGAGGAGAUAGUUCAUUGGUGCUCAGAUCUAAGGAAAAUGAUAUUCGCAAAAGGUCCCUAUCUCAGAAGCUACGGAAGAACCACCCGCCUUUGCUUUAUCAGAGGAAAAUUAAUAAAAAAUCAACACUUUCUUCUGGUCCUCGCUAUCCAGUGAAUACAUCGAAGAAAGGGUUAGAAGAAUUUGGGGAAAAGAUAAAGACUUUGCAGGAAAGUGGCCCAGGUGAGUCAACCAUUGAUCUAUUCGGAAUAUCCAAAAAUAGCAAUAGUUUAAAUCGUGUUGAAAAUUGUACACCUGCGGGGAAAAUAGCUUGUGGCUCUGGUUUAGAAAUUGUAAAUUUAUAUGACAACAAGAAUAUAAGAGAAGAUUCAACUUCAAGAACAAUUGAUAGUAAUUGUAGUACUGCAGCUAAAACUCCUCCCGUUGAGGCCUCUGUAUCUCCUGAGAUUCAACGUAAGUCUCACUCAAAAGUGCUGGUUUCUACAGCAUUUAUGACGCCUAUUUGUUAUGGUGCUGGGCACCUUGUCUCGGGAAUCACGGAUAAGAGAAAGUGUAGAUCGAGAGGGAUUCUCACGGCAGGUCGUGAAAAUGCUAAUCUUUUUGAGUAUAAAAGUAAUGAGGGGAAAGUAAUAAAAGAGUCUCGGGCUUCUUUGAUUCCUAUGCCUGCCGAAGCUUCGUUGCACUGGCUGUUGUCCCCAUGUGAUGUGGAGCACGAGGGAAAUGACAGUGAUUUGAAAAAGAGGUUGGAACGUUGUAGGAUGAUAUCUGGGAACAAUUCCGUGUUACUUGAUUUAGGAUCUUCACCUUCAACAUUAAGUGGUAAUGCAUCUGAUUUCGUAUGUGAUUCUGAUAGCUACUGUGUCAGUAGUAAUGUAGGUGAUACAGCAAGUACUGGGAAAACAAGGAAUGUUUUGCUUUCUCCAAGAAGAGCUCCUGAGCUGCAGGGGUUUUGGGGGCCUUCUUCCAGAAAAAUAGAUGAGUUUUUCUUAGUUGAUACUCCUCAUCGCACACCUACUGAUAAGGCUAUCAACUCACGAGGCGACAAAAACUACAGUUACAAUCAGAUUGGAGAUAGUGCUGCAGCGUCUGUUGGUUCUUUGAGUAGUGGAAAUGUCAUUCAGACACCAGAUUCAAAUUCAGGCUCAGAAUGUCAUAUUGAUGACUAUGAACAUCGAAGACGUCACUUUGAAUCGGAAUUUGAGUCCGUGACGGAAAUUCUACAGGGAAUGAGCCUAUCGCCUAGAAGUAAGAUGUCAAUAUGUGAUACACCUGGUUUGGAUAUGCAUUGCACCGACUUGGCAUCACAUUCUCAUUCUAUUGACCUCAACCAACUUCCCGAGAAGAAUUUGGACAAAACAUCUAUUGUCUUUGAAUCAAUGUCUGAGAAUCUAUCGCUAUCCCAGAUGAGGAUAUCAUGGAGGGAUGGAAUGGUGAGCCAGACAUAUGAGAUUGAUGAAUUUGAUUGCUGCAGGUGCUUGUCAGAUGAAGAUGUUGAUGCUGACGGAUGUACCAAUAAGUAUCUAAUGGCUUUUCCAGGGACUGAAUCCGGUGCAAACGAAGAAUGUGCGUUGAGAAAUAGUGAUCUUAAAUCUCCUGUGUUGGAGUGUGAAUCUAACAUCUCUGACAUGCAAAAGGCAAUAUUAUCACCACAUAGACAAAACUCAUGUGCUGAGUCCAUAUGCACUAACGGGGGUGGCUUAGUUGCUUCAGGGGAUUCAGAUUGGACGAUUUGCUACAAAAACCACUUCAUUUAA